CAGCAUGCCCUCCCUCCUCCCUCCCAGCUGUGCUCUCCACCUGAUACUAUCCAACGAUGCAAGCAAUUAUUGUCGACAAUACGAAUCCCGAGAUCGACUACUUGACAGGGUGGUACAAUGAAACGACGCACACUUCGGACUACAACCAAACAACAGCGUACUCCGGGAACCCUAACUCAGAGUUUCAGUUCACCUUCAAUGGGACGUCCAUCGCUAUCUACGGCUGCAUCCUACCCAACAAUACAGCGGUCUCGACGUACUCCCUGGACACUGCGGCAUCAGUAACCUAUACCAACAAAAACAGUACCGAGUACAUGGCCAAGCAACUUUUCUACCAGUCAUCAAACGUGCCCGAUGGAGAGCACACUCUCGUCGUGAACGCACCGGACGCGGUUAUCGGGCUACCUUGGACGACAUACUGCUUCGACUAUUUAACCUAUGUGCCGUCUGCGUCUGAUGCGUCGACAGGGCAGCCGAGCAGUAGUUCGGGACCCCCGGCUGCAUCGCCUGGGAAGGCGAGCAACCUCAAGGUUAUCCUCCCCGCGGUGCUCGUGCCGUCCCUGGUGAUAAUCGUCCUGCUUUUCGUGGCGCUGUAUGCCCAGCGCACGCGACUUUCGAGGCUCCGCGUCAGGGCUAAACAGGCCAGCACGCCAUACACACAGACUAGUCUGUUGCACCGGGUCUCUGCACCAGUAACGCUGGACACUAAAGUCACAGAGGAUCCUUCGAUAUUCAGUCCAGAUAUCCUCAGCCCGCGCCCAGACUCGUCGUAUACCAGCGAUUUCCAAGUUUAUCAGCCGACCAUAGCAGAGCUUGGGUCUGCGGCAAGCAUGGAUCAGGACAGGCUGCCUAAUGCGCGACCCCUGCUCCCUUCAACGGGUGGCCGCAGCAUGGUUGAGGUGAUGCGCUCGCUGGUUUCCCAGCAGGAUUUGAGCACACGCCAACAAGCAGUUCCACAAUCAGCAGCGGAAAAUAUCAUCUCUGAUCUUGACGCGCCGCCGACGUACACGUCAGGACCAAACUGAUAGUCCGGUGGUCGUGGCUCGUGCAUAUCGUGGACAGUGCUAGGUGAUUUAGUGCGUCUUGAGAAUACAUAUUUAGUGGACUUUAUUAGCGUAUACUUCGAUUCCUCGGCCACUUUCAAUGACACAAUACAGACCCACUGGUAUUUUAGUACAUUUUCUGGCUGACUCUCGCUGGCUUGGAAAACGGCGAUGAAGUACUAGUGCAAACAUAAUUGAGGCCAUAUGGCCGUC